AUGGUCAAUGUCUCAACCAAAACAAUGGCCUUUACGUAUUGUUAAUAAACGACAGCAAUAAGCACUUUCACGUUUUUUUUUUUGUUUUUGUUUUUUUUUUUUCGUUUUCCACUAUGGGUCGUUAUUAAUUAAUGUAAGCGACCAGGUCACAGAGGAAACAUUAGGAGGACGUCAGCUUACAUGUUCAUUUAGGGUGGUACGUCCUCUGGACUUGUGGCACACACACCAUGUCGGAGGGAGACACAUUCACAGAGGAGGAUAUUUUCUCUCAGCUGCACCAGGAAAACGCCUUUUACGACACAGGUUCUUCUGGGGCUGAUGAUAUUUUUGAAGAAGACUCCUACUCUCCUUCCUCUCUCUCAUCUUCCUCCUUGCCAUCUGUCCCUCCAUCUACAUCCCACCAGGUGAAGAUCGCUUGCGCCUCCUGUGGGCAAGAAAUUGUGGACAGAUACCUUCUCAAGGUGAACGACUUGUGCUGGCACAUGACAUGUCUCGCAUGCAGUGUAUGUAAAACGUCACUGGGGCGACACGUGAGCUGUUAUGUGAAAGACAAGCAGGUUUUCUGCAAACUUGACUACUUCAGGAGGUAUGGCACUCGUUGUGCACGUUGUGGCCGGAACAUCCAUUCUACUGACUGGGUGCGUCGUGCAAGAGGAAGCACCUUCCACUUGGCGUGUUUCUCCUGCUCCUCAUGUAAGCGGCAGCUCUCUACUGGAGAGGAAUGUGGACUGGUGGAGAACAGGGUCUUCUGUCGAAGUCACUAUGACAUAAUGAUGGAGAAUCUCAAACGUGCUAAGGAGAAUGAGCAACCAAAAUUGGACGAUGACCUGGCCAACCAAGAUGAUCCAAGUGCAAUUCCCCGACCAGCAAAGAGGGCCAGGACCAGCUUCACUGCUGACCAGUUACAGGUGAUGCAAACCCAGUUUGCUAAAGAUAAUAACCCAGAUGCUCAGACUCUGCAGAAGCUGGCAGAGAGGACAGGUCUUAGCCGCAGAGUAAUUCAGGUUUGGUUUCAGAAUUGUCGAGCUCGUCAAAAGAAACACAUUGGCCCAAUUCAGCCCUCUUCAGCCAUGAUGACAUCACUUGGUCCUACUCAGCUUACUCCACCUUCGAUGGAGGAUCUACAAUAUACAACCUAUCUUUCUCCUGACACACCACUUCUUACUACUCUGACUUAUAUGGAAGUUCAAACUCCGGACCAACUUUUGCUUCAGCCGCUCAUGUCAAAUUCACUGACACAGCUCCCAAUCAGCCACUCCUGAAUACCAUUACAUAGAAAAUGAGUCUGAGGUUGAAGAGAUACUCUAGUGGAAAUCAGUUAUUUGUUUAUAAAUGUCUUUACAGAUGUGUAAGGGGUGAAUGGGUAACUACCGUAUAAGAUAAGAGCACUAAACUGCCAAUAUCACUUGGUCACUGUAGAAAGAAAGAAUAAACUGGUAAAGUCAAUGAAUUAAUUUAACUUAUUCAUGGAGUCACAUGAGAAGUUGUUAAAAUAUUAAUGUUUUCAAGAUGAAACUUCUGUUUAUAUGUAUGUUAUGAAUUUUUGUGUAUUUAAUUUAUCAAAAUAUAUGAAAUCUGGCACUUUGUUAUUGAAUAUAAAAUUACUUUAGUUUUGUAUGCAUUUGCUUUUGCUAAGAAUGUAAAGAGAAUGUCAGCAGUUACAAUGUGGAAAUUAAAUGGUUUGAUUUUUCUUCGUAUUGAAA